AAGGUGAGAAGUUUACAUGACAAACAUAAAGGAUGGAGGCAGAGAAAUGAGUGAACGUGCAUUUGUUGGUAGAUUGUCUUCAAUACAUAGUUUUGCUUCAACAAAUUGAUUUAUGUAGUGUCUAAUUGCUUAAAAUAGCAAACCUUUUCAGCCGCAGAAUGUUUCUCCUUAUCUACUAGCAUUACCAAUAUCCCUUACAUAUGAAGUAACCUUUAAAGGCUCCGGUGACCAGGUUCAGGUAGCUCAUUAAGCACCAUCAUCAAUAUAUUUUAGUGUGGUGGCUUAUGAACAUAUUUUUUAAUGACAUUCUGAGUUUUAUAGAUAAAACUUUCUACAGGAUUGGAGGAUUCUUUUGAACUUAGCUAGUAUAUCUUCAUGUAUGAACCAAACGGAAAUGUUGCAACUUCAUUUUCAUGCCAACUAUAUCAAAAGGGACGUAAUCAUCUUAGCUGCGUUUGACUGAAAUUAUUUUACUCCUUGGUUACAAUACAGUGCCUUGUAUUUAUUAAAUUUUCGGGUUGCUUUACUAACUAUCGAAUAGGUCUGGUUGAAGCAGUAUACUUGCUUUACUAAACUCGGUGGCUACACUAUCGCUCACAUAAAUUGUUUUGUCGAAAUUUUAAGUUGAUAUUCAAAGUAAAUUAAAAAUGUUAAAAGUUAUAAAUCGUGCUUGAAUUGUGCUUGCGUUUUAAAGGACUCUUGACUUCAUCGGUCAUAAAAUAUUUGGGGGACAUGUGAAGGAACAAGCAACCUACAGAAUGUCGAAAAGGUCGCAUCGUUCUCAAUCGUUGGAUCUUCAUUUUAUUCAUCUCUCUCUCUCUCUCUCUCUCUCUCUCUCUCUCUCUCUCUCUCUCUCUCUCUCUCUGCCAUCUGACCUGUGGGUUUUGCAUAUAUAUAAACAAGUAAUCUCUCUCUGAUUCUCAAGAGCGGAUUAGGGAAGUGUAAUCCAUCAUUACCGGAAAAGAUAGCACAAUACUCCGCGACGGGGAUGAAGAAUUGGUGGGACGAUGUUAACGAGUCAACUCAGUGGCAAGAUGGGAUCUUAUUCUCUCUUUGUGGAGCUUAUGCUCUUGUUUCCGCAUUCGCUCUUGUCCAAUUGGUGAAGAUCCAAAUGAGAACGCGUGAAUAUGGAUGGACCACUCAGAAGGUGUUUCAUCUUUUAAACUUUGUCGUCCAUGGAGUUCGUGCGGUUCUAUUUGGAUUUCACCAUCAAGUCUUUCUCAUGCAUCCCAAGGUGUUUUGCUGGAUAUUACUGGAUCUUCCGGGCCUCUUCUUUUUCUCGGCGUGCACACUGCUCCUUCUGUUCUGGGCACAGAUAUAUCACCAGGCAAGAAGCUUACCAACGGAUAAGCUGCGGAAAACCUAUAUUUCAGUCAACGUGGCUGUAUAUUUUGCUCAGGUUGUUAUUUGGGUAUGUAUCUGGGUAAAUGAUAACAGCACCGUGGAGUUUGUUGGAAAGAUAUUUAUGGCAGUUGUGUCUUUCAUCGCUGCAUUAGGCUUCUUGCACCAUGGAGGAAGAUUGUUUGUUAUGCUUAAAAGGUUCCCGAUUGAGUCAAAUGGAAGAAAAAAGAAGCUCCAUGAGGUUGGAUCUGUGACGGCCAUAUGCUUCACCUGCUUCCUCAUAAGAUGCAUUGUGGUGGGUGUAUCAGCUUUUGACAGGGAUUUGAGGCUGGAUGUUCAUAAUCGUCCGGUUCAGAUUUUAAUCUACUAUAUGGUGGUUGAGACAAUUCCAUCGGCACUAGUCCUCCUCAUUCUGCGUAAGCUACCUCCAAAGAGAUCAUCAGCUUAAUACCAUCCCAUCCCGUAG